AUGUCCGAGUGUAACUCACUUCUCAAGCCCUUGGCUGGAUCUGUUAAUCGUGUGCAAGGCACAUCCAUCUCUUCAGGCUCUUCGUUCACGACUCGCGUGAGCGUAGACACUGCCAUCAGCUCUUCUUCCCGCAUCGCUAUCCCGUUGCACCUGGAUGCUCCACCCUCUCGUACCAGUGAUGCGGCGGUUUUCGCAGCAUAUCAACGAUGGAAGACCGCAAAUGAAGCCAGUGGUGCCCUCCCAGAUAUGAAACGUGCGGUCGCACAGUGCAAGACUGAAGCCGACAGUGCGAAGGCACGUCUGGAAGGGAUGAAGACUCAAAGCACAGGCCUGCAGAGGAAACCGUCGAUCAUGCGCAAAAUUGUUGGAAAAGCAAAGAAAGAUCAAUCGACUGGAGGCACAGAACUCCUUUCCACGGGUAUUACAGAGGCUAGGUGCAGCAAGGAGGAUGCUGAACGUCGGCUGGCUACCCUGUCUGAUCAGCUUCGUGCUUUUGAAACUGUUGCUGGGAUGCUGGACGGAUAUUAUGACACAUUGAAGAGCAUGAUGGUCAGCAAACAUUUACUUGCGUGGCGGUAUAGCCUGGCAAGUGAAGCAGCGAUCAGUCGGGCGGAGAAGGUCGUUGCCGAGGUAGAAGGGGCAUACACCGACAGCCAGAGAAUGACUAAUAUAUUGCAGCGUGUCGAGCUGGCUAUACAAUCUACCCACCAUCACUACAGAAAUGCCAUGAAUGACCUGGACGCAGUGUGCGGUGCUCGCAGAAGCAAAUGGGAGUCUUUGUUGGCUGACGAACAGAGUAAAGAGAUGACCUACAAAGCGGCUGCUGUAUGGGCGCAGAAAGCCCAAAAGUGCUUCGACGAGUUUCUACGUGUAUUCGACGCACAUAGAGAUCUUCUUGGCAACGAGCCCCAGGAGCGCCAUGAGCUGAAGCAGGUUGGACUGCUGCAGGCCGUCCAGAUAUACAAACUCAACUAUGGAGGGAAACCACUCCAGAUGGGCAUCAUCAAGGAGAUGGAAGUCAUGCUGCAGAAGCAGGAGGCUGUCUUCCAGCGGUUAACAGCUCUUGCCGUGUGGGUGCAGGAUUUCACCAAGCACAGCGAGACCGUCUGCCAGGACGUGAGAGUGAAGCGGGACAGGGCAAGGCACAAACUCGUCGUGGUGUGGAUGGACGACAGUAUGCCCAGGAUGUAA